AUCCCAGGCUAUUUAUCACGCAGGCAUGUUCAUAGUCUUGGGCCAGCAUGCAGCCUAUAGAUGAAGUGGGGUUGAGAUGUGGUGGGGGUGGAGCUCCGGCAUGCAACACGUGCCAUGAUAUAACAAGGACAAGGCGGUAUUAUGGGAGGGCUAUGUUCUCUUCACCACUGUGUCCUGUUCAUUCACUGAUUCAUUCUCUGUUGUCACUCGGAGAGGCAUUUGACCAGGCAUUUUAACAAAUCAAGAUCACGGAUUAGGAGUAUGAUUUUAGGGAUCAUCACUUCUGAAAAAACUUCUAUGGAAAAACAAGGAAACCAAUUUAUAGCUGGGACAAAGUUCAGCCAAAGGGACACCUUUAGAGAAUCCUGAUCUCUAAUAUUUGUGACCUUAACUGCUCCAAUAAAGAUUUUGCAGGAGCCUCUUGUCCUGUCUUCAUUAAGAAGCCACUCUUCAAUAUAUUGAUUGAAAUCAUUCUGGGAAAUGGUUGGUUUUGGACCUGGGGAUGUGCCUCCAUCAGCAGCUGUAAAGUUUGUGGGAGCAGGAACUGCAGGAUGCAUAGCUGACCUGGUCACCUUUCCCCUGGACACGGCCAAAGUGCGGCUGCAGAUCCAAGGAGAGGCCAGCGCUUCUGCAGCUACAGCAAAAAAGUCUGCAUUGAAGUAUCGUGGAGUGUUUGGCACCAUCACCACCAUGGUGCGUACAGAGGGCCCCAGGAGCCUUUACAGUGGACUGGUGGCGGGACUCCAAAGGCAGAUGAGCUUCUCCUCUGUGCGCAUCGGUCUCUACGACUCUGUUAAACAGUUCUACACUAAAGGCUCCGAUCAUGUUGGCAUCGGCAGUCGGCUGCUUGCGGGAUCUACCACCGGCGCCAUGGCGGUUGCUUUUGCUCAGCCUACAGAUGUGGUGAAAGUUCGCUUCCAGGCACAGGCCAGGACUCCUGGGCAUGCCAGACGCUACACCGGCACUAUUGAUGCUUACAAGACCAUUGCUAAAGAAGAAGGCAUUCGUGGUCUGUGGAAAGGGACAGCUCCAAACAUAGCACGGAAUGCUAUUGUUAACUGCACUGAACUGGUGACAUACGACUUUAUCAAAGACACGCUCCUUAAGUCCACUCCCCUGACAGAUAAUCUGCCCUGCCACUUUGUGUCAGCCUUUGGUGCAGGGUUGUGCACGACAGUGAUCGCCUCUCCAGUUGAUGUGAUCAAGACAAGAUAUAUGAACGCUGCUCUUGGCAAAUACAACAGUGUCCUCAAUUGCGCUGCUGCCAUGAUGACCAAAGAGGGGCCGUUUGCAUUUUAUAAGGGGUUCAUGCCAUCUUUCUUACGCCUGGGCUCCUGGAACGUGGUGAUGUUUGUGACAUACGAGCAGCUGAAACGAGCCAUGAUGGCAGCCAAUCAAAACUGCACAACUAUACUGUAGUCACUGUUAUCGGUCAGAACGCUCAUGUUAGCACAGCGGUAUUUUU